AUGGGUGGAAAUUCGUCAAAAGAGGUAGAAAAAUAUAAAGUGGACAAGGAAUAUGAUAUUCGCGCAAAAGAAGAAGAAAAUCGCCACGAAGAAAAAAUGCUCGAAACAACAAUCAGAGGACGGAUAAAUAUGUGGGAUACGCAUGUAGAUCGAUGCGAGAAGAUAGGAUACUCAAAAAGCGACGCGUUAAAAAAAUCCAAGCAUAUUAUCGACGAUACCCUGAAACAACUUGAAGGAGCAAGCAACCGACAAUUUGCAUUCAGCGAUGGGUCCUCAGAGACGGAAAUAAUAGAGAAUCAAAGAGAUAUAUUGGAUGGCCUACUAAAAAAAUUGGAUCCUAAAUUUCCCGGCGGUAAAAAAUAAUUGCAGUUAUGUAUAAGAAGAGAGACAUACAAUUCAGAAAUAUACUCUAUUCUAUAUCAGGGAUGGCGAACCAAUGAUCCACUAAUCAAUGCAAUCCAAUGAAUCAAUGCAAACAAAAAAAUGACAAACUGGUCUUAAAUUGACCUGGCGAUAGGUGAACUACCGCAACUGUAGAUACAAAAUGUCUAGUCAUUAACGACUACAUAAAUUUGAAAUUAUAACAAAGAGUAAGGUAAGAGUCACUUCAAUACGAAUGAAGCCCGCAAUUCGCUGAGAGUGGUUUACAAUUUUUUUUUAUUGUGCAAAAAUGUUACUGCAGCUUUUCGAUAAUUCAUAUGUACGUGAAUCUCUGUUUCGCAUACGAAUUUAUAAAAAUCGAGUACCAGAAAUGGACGGGAUGAGGUAAACAUGCAACGUCAAGUUUCUCAUUAAUUAAAUACGACCCACAUUCCUUUCCAUAAUAAAAAUGUAAGUUUUGACCCAUUCAGUAAAAAAGGCCACCAUUUGUUCGCUAUCCCUGUUGUCAUUAUAUAUCAUUUACCAAUAUAUUAUUAAUGUAGUUGACGAUCUAUUCAGUUGUGUUCCAUAAUUAUAUAUAUCCAAUAUUACUGAUCCUUUGUGCCUCCAUUAAGAGGGGAGGGAUGUAGGUCUUUUGUAGGGUUAUUUCAGGCUAAGUUUUGUUGUAACCAGUAAUUGAAAUUGGAACAAGGCCAUAACGAGUCUAGAAUCAUCGAGGCAUUGUAGUCAAAAAUAGAAAUUAUCAGUGCUGGAGGGCCAAAUGGCAAACACUCCAGAUAUCUUGACCCCAAAUAGUUUCAAUAUUUGCAAGCUGGAUUUUCUUAUGGACACCGUAACACAGGAUUCUACUUGACUAAUAGCCAAUUCCAUUCAGAUAAAAUAUCAUUUUUAUCCCAAGGGAGAGGAAAAUCGAUGAGGUGGCAUAAUCACAUGGCGUACCACUAUCUUUCGUCCGAUUAACAGUCAAUGUUCGAUUUGAGGACUAUCCACAUUAAGUUGUCGUUUUUCAAUUGAGACUUUUGUCUGGUUUUACCAAUGAUGUUGGGCCGAAGAAGUUUCAAAGUAAAUCUGAGCAACAAACACUGCAUUUGCGUUAUAUAAUAAAUACAAAAGUCGAUGACACUAAUAAGUGUCAAGGUUGUCCAAAAACGCUGCUGGACAAAUUCAUAGCUUAAAAAAAAC